AUGAAUUUCUACUGCUUUCUACUGAUUUUUGUGGGCUUUGGUGAGUUGAAAAUUGCAAAUAAAACUUGAAUCCUCAAUUUUUCUACUAUUUACUAGAAACCUUACCAUGUUUUUCAGUCAAUGGAGGCAUCUUCGAUGGUGAUAGUUUCGGUCAAGAGGAAGAGUUCAGCGUCUUGGGCGCGUUUGGAUUCGGAGUUGACAAAUUGAAGGGUAGGAUAAGUAACUGUAUGGACUAAGCCGAAGUGUUUUGCAGAGCUCGCAGGCGACGUUCACAAUAUCCUCAGCGAAAAUGUCGGUAAUUUUCUCGAUGACGUUGAGGUAAGGAGGUUUUUUUCUUUAUUUAUGAAGGAAGUGCUCGAGUGCACACAGAUUCAAUUUAAAGUUUACACAAGCUUUGGGCCAUGUAUCAAUUGCCAACAAUUUUAGCCGGCGCUUCGCCGGAGAAGCCGAAAUAUUCAACAAUCUUUUUCGGCGAGAGUCCGCAAAGUUCGGAAAGUGGUCAGAGAAAAAAAGGAUUUUUUAUCCUUAUCUCUGCCAAGUUCGAAAGGGAAAAUUUUCCUGCAAAACUCGCAAAAGAACUUUCUUGUCCUAAAAAUCUUGUUGUUCGUUGCAAAGCGUGGGCCAUGAAUUUUGAAAAAAUCUAUAAAAACAGUCCUACUUUGAGGCAGGCUCUAUUAAAAUCCGAGCGUCUCACUUCCACUACCUCCUGUGUUUCCACAAAAAUUUCCUUUUUAUUUUCAGGAUCUCGUCGACGACUUUGGCGACAAAGCAAAAAAAAUUUUCCAUGCGUUGAAGACCGAGCUCCCCGGAGAAGUCCAGAAAUUCGUCAAAAGCAAGGGGGUUGUCGAGUAUAUUAAAAAACUGUUGGAACAAGCGGAGAAGCUGAGCAAGUACGAGAUCGAAUUUGACGGUCCCUUGUUCGUCAAGUUGGACGCUUUGCACGAGAAGUUUUUGGCGCUGACAACGGCGGCCAUUGGUUCGAAGGCCGGGCAACAAGUCAAGGGAGUGCUUUGCACCGCCUGUAAAGGAGGAAUGGAAGGAUACGGAGAGCCUUUUCUGGACUCGAUCAGCCUUCUCGGCCCAAUUUCUGUGUGCGAUUUGUCGGUGGGUGGAUAUAUUUAUUUACCGCUAAACACCCUUAGUACAUUUUUUACACUAUACGUUAAUUUUUUACAUUUUUAGGAAGGUUGUAAGCUCGCGAUGGGAUCCAUGCGCAAUGUCAUCCUCGCCCAAACCAAUGGCUCGGUUGAUGUGUGUCAAAAGAUUAGUGGCGUUGGCGAUGCUCUCAUGACGUCGGCCAAGGCUCAACGAAAAAUCAACGGGGACUUUGUUUGCGGCUUGAUCAAGUUAUGUGGACGUCCAAACUAG